UUGCUGACCAGGCAAAAAGCGUCAAGACAAUAUUACUGCGCUCCUUGACCUCCUGGAUACUCGUGACUUUUACUCUCGCUUGUAUGCCCUGCAGUUGAUGUUCCAGAUCUCGAGCGCACGGCCAGAAAGAACACAAGAAUGUAUCCUGACGGCGCCGUUGGGUAUACCGAGGCUGGUCAGUGCUCUGGGAGAUGCUAGAGAGCCGGUGCGCAAUGGUAUGUUGAGCUCACCCCCCUCGCCCCCCUCAGCGCGGAAGCGCGGUGUGCAACUGUUGCUAAUUACGACUGUGCAUCGAAUAGAAGCUUUAAUUCUCUUGAUCGCUCUCACUCCGGCCUCCGAAGAGUUCCAAAAGCUCGUCGCAUUCGAAAACGCGUUUGACCUUAUCUUCUCCUUGAUAGAAGCUGAAGGUGCUUUGACUCACGGAUCGGAAGUGGUUGAAGACUGCCUUUCCUUACUCGCGAACCUUCUGAGGCUCAACAUCUCCAACCAGUCAUAUUUUCGGGAGACGGGCUGUGUCAAAAGGCUAGCAAAGCUCCUCGCGGAUGUCAAUCAGGAUCAGGACUCGGAAGAGCCCACCCCACAAUGGGCUCUCGCGCAUCGGGAUAAGAACCUCUGGGGACUUUUGGUUAUCGUCCAGCUGUUUCUAAUCAAAGGAGGGGUCAACACUCCUGCCAACCAGACGGCGUUCUGGAACAAUGGUGUCAUGGAACAAGUCCUGAACACUGCUUUCGGUCAAAGAUUUAAUGUCAAUGUGACAUCCAAGGUAUGAGACACUGAUCGCCUAUAAAGUUGGACGCUAAUUGUGCUAGGCUCUUGCGACAUGCGCCGACUUAAU